AUGAGUUUGUUAAGUGCUGUUCUGCAAGAAGCCGAUAAAGUUAGUAUACAGGAAUUGAAGAAAAAUCGAGACCAAGUCUUACCACAAAUAAAAGAUCUAACCGAACGAGUGCAAUUACUGUCGUGGGCAUUACAACAAAAUAUUAUAGAUACAUUCGUAAAUUUUACCAUAACAAAGAGUUUAGAGCAAUUAAAUUAUUAUAAUCGGAAAACCAAAAUAGUUUCUGAUCAUUCAAAAUGCAACGAAGACAUAAAAUCACUCCACGAAAGAUAUGAAGUAAGUGAUGAAGAAUUUAAAAAUCAUUGUGUAAAGUUAAACAAAUCAAUGAAUAUCUUCAAAGAUUUGUGCGUUAUUGUUGAUGGGAAACGCAUUUUAGAAAAGGCAAAUCAUGAAUUUGGCAGGUACAACUAUAGUGAUGCUAUGAUGGCAGUGAAAAAUUUGAAAAUAGAAUUGAAAAAACUAAAAUUCGAGGGUAAUAUGGCAAAGGCUUUAACAGCUAUCAAUGCACAGGCUGAAAAUCAACUCGCCUUGUACACAGCCCAGCUAAGUAUUGAAUGGGAAGAUAUUUUUACAUGGUCUGAGAAAAAAGGUCUUAAAUUCUUAACAUACUCUUUGUCUGUACAACAGAGUGACCCAUUUUUGUUGAAAAAGAUUUUGAAUACUUUGUAUGUAACGAAAAGAAUGUAUGCAGAACUUGGCUUGUUUUCGCAUUUCUUUAUUAACAAUUUACUUCACAAUGUUAUUAGACAUAAUUGUGAUAUAUUCACUGAAGACCACACCGGGGCUAUUGUUUUCAACAUCAAGAUAAAUCUGGAUGACCCAAACAAACCGAAUUACCAAACAAUCUUUAAUAAUUUGACUGCAAUUUUUGAAUUCCUGCACUCAACUUUAGGCUCACAGUUUGAAAGUGAUUACAGCUUCAUAGAAAUAUUUGCAGACACUAUCCGUCAGAAAUUUUUCAAUAAAAUAUUUGAAGACUGCAUUAGAAUGAACUUACCAUCUUGUGACAGUAGCUACCAAAACUAUAAAAACAUAGUAAUUGAGUUGGAUGCAUUCAACAAGUUUUUGAUCGAUUUAAAAUUUGUAAAAGAGGAUGAAUCACCUCUCGCCAAAUACAUAGAUGACACUGAAUGUGUGCUGUAUAAUAAGAAAUGUGAUAAAUUACUUGCUGAUGUCCGCACGCUGCUAAAAGAGAGCCUUUCUAGUGGUUUGAUUGUUGUGGGCUCGGAAACCAAUAACAACGAGAAUGAAUCCCUACUAGAUGUUACUGAUAAUGGCAUUGUAUGGAACAUAACAAAGCCGCUAUUUCUGCCUAAAUGUGUGAUCUCACAUAAUGUUAAAGCGGUAAUGACAUUAAUCUUAGAACAUUUGGAAGAGAGUGCAAAGUUACCAGAGAAAUACAGUAAGCAACUGGUCGGUUACAUAAAGGAUAUUGCCAUUAUGUACCAGAGCUUUGUUCCUAAGAAGUUUAAGAUUAAUUUGGAAUGCUGUCCCGCUGAUAUUGCCCUGUUCUUCAACAAUUGUUUCUACCUGGCGCAUGGUCUUCUUGGACCACCUUGGUGUAACAGUCUUCCUAAGACUAUGGCUGACCAGCUCAAUGUGGUGCUGCUGGAGUGCAUCCAAGAUCUAAGAGUGUUGGGUCUUGAGAAGAUAUCCUUGUACCUUCAAAACCAGAAAAGCAACAUCAUGCAUAGUAUUGAUGGCAAUGGUGCCGAAUGGACCCACGAGUCCUACGAGCAAUUUGAUUGCGCAAUAAACAAUGCUUUAGCGUUAAUGAAAGAUCUGAAGUCCUGUUGGCUUAACGUCCUACCCGCUCGUAUGUAUGAGAUGUCCGUCUGCACUCUUGUGCAAGCAUUGUGUCAGUCUAUUCUAGACCGAGUGUUAGAAGACAAUAAACCGGUCACUGAAGAACUGGUUUACAUGUUAGCUAUGAGGGUUGAAAGUACGGCAGCUGAAAUUUUUACAUUAUUUGAGGAGCCAAUUGAAUUCGACUCAAAAAUAAAUAUUUGGUCGAAGUUCACAAAACUCCCGCAGUUGUUGAAGGCGCAAUUGUUGGAAGUAUCAGAUUUAUGGAAUAAAGACAAGGAUCAGUUCCAGGGCUAUAGCUGUGAAGAAGUACGCCAUAUUGUCAAGAUGAGGUUUCCCGAUGAUAAAUAUAGGCUUAAGAUAUUGAAAGAAAUACAGUGA